CCCUUUCAUCGCCCCCCCCCAAAAGAGUCGAGCUGUAGCAGCGUAUGAUCGCACGAAGGCGUAGGUUUCCUCCUCCGCGCACUUGAAGCGGCCUCGCGAACGGCCACGCCAGGGAGUGGGCGGUGGAAGCUCUAAAGACAUACAAAGAGAAGAAUGGAGACCUUUUGGUUCCAGUCGCGUUCGUUGUACCGUCGGAUGACGAGGACUGGCCACAAUCACGGUGGGGGCACCGACUUGGGAGUGCAACGUCUCGUUUUCGGAACAAAUUGAAAUCUCGGAAAGGAAGGAUGACUUUGUCGAGGCAGACGAUCGACGAACUGGAGAGAAUGGGCUUUGUACAAGACGUGGUGCAGUACAAAUGGGAUCAUCGUAGUCUGCCGUGUCUGCGCCAGUUCUAUAAGCUUAACGGCCACACGGACGUGCCGGUGCCGUUUGUGGUGCCGGAGGGAGAUGAAUUCUGGCCGAAAAAUGCAUGA